GUGCAUGAGAAAAAUAAUUUAGACCAUAAGGCUAUUGUGACAGUUACAUCUGUUGUUAUAAAGACAGUGACAUGUACUGUGGACUUUGAAAGUAUGGUUUCACAAUUCAGUUUUAGUUAGAGUUUCCUCUUCAAAGAGUCUGAACCUUUUCUUCCAUUAAUGCGGAACUGUUGGUAUUGCAGUUAUUUCAGUGCUGGUUUGUAUGAUGGUAUUAUAUCACAUGCAAAUGUGUUAAAUGGGUUCGCCCGGUGUUUUACACUUAAAUUUGAAUUUUUAGGGAGAAAAGCUUUAGAUUUUUUCACUUAGUUGAAUAUAUGUGUAUGUGUACCAUACGUCCACAAAGUGAAAAGAAAGAGACUGACCCAAUACUAGAUGCAAUGAUAUAGAAUUCAUAUAUUUAUUUGAGACACCUCAGGCUGGAGCGUAUAAAUUUAAAUUUUAUGCUCCAAGAGUGGAACAUGUAAACUAAAUUCAAGUUCAGCACAAGGAUUUGAUCAAAAUAUCAACAAGUUGGUUAUUUGAACUGAUAGCCUCAAUAGUUAUUUCCUUACCGAACAACUUGUACCUCACAAAUUGAUAAAUCAAUCUCUAUAUAUUUAGUUUGCUCAUAAAACAUUGGACUACUAGUAAUGUGGAGAGUUGUCUAAUUAUCACAAUAUAGCUUCAUUAGCUCAAUUUCACAAAACGUUAGUUGUUGAAGGAGUUUUUUGAUCCACACCAACUCACACGUGGCCAAGGCCAAACCUUAUAUUCUGCUUAUGUGCUAAAAUGAGCAGCAAUAUUUUUUUUGCUUUCCCGAGGUGCAUUUCCCCCACUUGAGAUAUAAAACAGAGAAAUAUAGUUCUAAAGGGCUUAAAAAAAACCUUCUCAUGUUCUAUUAUUUAUAUAGAUGAAUAUUUGAUACAAUAGAGAGAUGGAAGGUGAAGGGAUUGUCCUAGACUGCUAGGAACAAUCAUUAUAGAUAAACCAACACACAACUCCCUACUUUAGGCUCUACUAACUAUACUAAUCAUAGGUAAACUUAAUAAUUACUCUAACACCCCCAAUGGAUACACAAUGCGUUGUAGUAGAGCUCCUAUUAAUAGGAGACCCUACCUAAUCAAACAUCAUAAUACAGGGAAAUUUGAGUAUCUCCUCUAUCCUCAUACAAUAGCCCUUGUGAGUCUUCUUAAUAUACUUGAGAAUGCAAAUCACAACAUUCCAAGCAUCAACAUGAGGAGCUGUUAGGAACCAAGAAUUGAAAAAGAGAAAGAAAGAAAGGUUUUUAUUGAAUAGAAUGGAAGAAACAAGAAAUAGGAGAGCACUUUCUCCUUCAAGGGCUUCCCCUUCACAUAGAGCUAAAGCCUAAUCUACAAAAUUUACCUACUUCCCCUCUCCUCUCCUUCUUUCCUAUUUAUAUCUAACUAACACCUCAAGUAACUGACUCAUGAAUAUUCUGACUAUCUUAACUAAUAUAUCUUCAUUGUGUAUCCUAACAAUACACUCCAAAAAUCAACCUUGUCCUCAAGGUUGGAAUAGUGGAAGCUAGAUCCCGUGACUCAUCUUCAUCACCGUGAUCUUUAUCUACUCUUCCUGAAAGCAUUAUGAUACUGUCCUAUCAUAGGGAGGGAACCCACUAGCUAGUGCAUGUAAAUUCAAUUAUGGAGAUAUGGGUGGUGGUGGGGAUGAGAGUGGUUUUUGUGUAGAAGUUUAUGAAUUCAGUAAGUUGAAAUUCCAAGAUUCCAAUGUCAUUGAUGCUCCUAUCACCUUCAUUAUCAAAUCUAGGUUCAACAAUGAUUUCUUAUUCAUAUUAUGUGAAUCUGAAUUUGGGAAAAAAAUAUGAUUGGUUGCAUCUCCACCUUCAACUUUCUUAUUGGUUAACUCUACAAUUGGGUUAUCAAGAAACUGAUCUUCACAUCCCAUAAUCUUCACUCUCUUUAUUGAUGCAUCCCCUCCUUCAUCCAUCAUAAUUUUUUUUUUCUUACAAAUCUUUGGUUUUUUCUUCAGUAUAGAGGGUGUGAUUCUUGCAGACUUUUUUCAUAAUGGUCAUGUCAACUUUUAUCUCUGCAACUACCUUCUUUUGUUCACUAGCCCAUCUUUCCAAUGCACCCAAAUGACUUUCCAUAAUGACCCUUCGCAGCAGAUCCAGCAUGUUAGGCCAAUUUGUAACGUAAAAAAUUGAAAAGAGAAAGAAAAUGAAGGUUUUUAUUGAAUGUAAUGAAAAUAAUAAGAAAUAGGAGAACACUCUCUCCUUCAAGGGCUUCCCCUUCACAAAGAGCUAAAACACCAUCUACAAUUUCUCCUCCUUCCCCUUUCCUCUCAUUCUUUCCUAUUUAUAUCUAACUAACACCUCAAGUAGCUGAUUUGAGUGUUCUGACUAUCUUAACUAAUUUCUCUUCUUUGUGUAUCCUAACAUGAGCUUGCAUAAAUUGACUAAGAUUCCCAUUGCAAAGGAAAUAUAUAAUGAGUUUUCCAACCAUUCUUUUAUACCAUUUUGGAUUUGAAUAUGGUUUACCUUGCUUUGCUAUCAACUUUUGAUUUGGACCCAUGGGGAUGUCAAUGAGCCUACAAUCCAUCAAGCUUGUUUUUUCCAAGAUAUCCAAGGAAUACUAUGUCUACGAUGAAGAUAAGCAAUGGUGAUUGAAAAUAUACAUAGAAUGAGAAUUUUAAGUAGAUCAACUACCUUUUUUGUAAAAGCAAUGGGCCAAGCGAAGUUUCAUCAUGAGAAUGAGACGUGGAAGAGGGAUAUUUUGUGUGUGAAGUUGAUGAAGGAAAGGGAUUAGAAGAGUAUCAAGGUAAUGUAGGUCUAGCUCUCUAUGUCCUUUGUUGUUAUGUAAUGAGAGGAGGUGAACAAUUUCAACUAGAUUUUGAGUUGAAGCGUGAGGUUGAUCAUGUCCUUGCUUUGAGGUGUGAAUUUGAGAAAUGGAAUAUUGUAGUGUUGGAAGUCCCACAUCGAUUAAAGAUAAGAUCCAUUCAUAAUAUAUAAGUAGGUGCAAAUCUCACCUUACAAGUCAGAUUUGUGAGGUUGAGUAAGAUUUAAAGUCCAUUUCUUAACAUGGUAUCAGAGCCAUGAGUUAGAGUCUGUCCUAACGAAAUUUGUUGUUAGUUGGUCUAAUGUUCCAUCCUCUAUUAGACCACUCAUUAAUGUCAAGUUUCACGCACGAGAUUUAUAUACUUCGACAUGAGGGGUGUGUGUUGGAAGUCUCACAUUGACUAAAGAUAAGGCCAUUCACAAUAUAUAAGUGGGUGUAAACUUUACCUUACAAAUCGAUUUUGAGGUUGAGUUAUGUUUAAAGUUCACUUCUUAACAUGUAGGAAGUCACAUUUAAUAGCUCUUAUAAAAAUGUUUGUUUAGACUUGGAGAGAGACAUCAUGUACAAAAAAUGUGCAACCAAAGACUUUGGGAGAGGCAUGAUUGCAAUGGAACAUUAAAGAAAUGAUUGAAUAGGAAACUUAUUUUCAAGAAGGAAGAGCGCAUCCUAUUUAGUAGGAAACAAGUAGUGAUAAUUGUAUCACCCCAAUUAUGGAUUGGAACAUUUGCAUUAAACAUUAAGGUGUGUGUAGGACUUACAUACUGAUGCAAAAUGCCUUUCAAGGAUAAAAAAAAGCCUUUCAAGAAUAAAAACGAGAAAGUUUAGUAGAGAAACAUUGUGACAUUGUGACUUCUAAGAAUUUCAAUUAUUCUUCUUUGGAAUUGGUUCUUGAUCUCGUUGAAGAAAAACAUAAAAUAGACAAAAGUUUAGACUGGUAUUUCUUGAAAUAUAUCGUAGUUCAUUGAGAAUAUUUAUCAAUUAAUGUUGCAAAAUAUCUAAAACUUAAAGAUGUUACAUGAUCUAGACCCCAAAUAUCUGAAUUCUUGGUAGAAGAAAUUGAGCUACAUCUUUUUUUUUUUUUUUUAGUUUGUUAGCAAAAGAGGACAGUAUAUAUUUGCCUAGUUGACACAAUUCCAAGUCUAAAGUUUCAGCUAUUAUUUUCAUAUUUUUGCUUAACUUAGAUGAUCCAAAUGACCAUGCAAAAUAUUUUGGAGGUGAAGCAACUAGACAAGACAGAAGGGUUGGUUUCCAAUAGCAAAGACAUUGUGAUUCAUGUUCUAUGUCAAUUAGACUACCAUUACCAUGUUCACAUAUAUGACAAAGGAUUUUGAAUAAAGUGUUAUUGUUAUUGAGCAAUUUAAGGUGCCAAUGUGAUUUAUAGAGAUAGAAUUAUAAGGACAGCUAGGGAUAUAAAGAACAAGGUUUAAAUUUGAGGAGAAAGAGGAAUUUGACUGACUUAUUGAGACAACUCUGGACGUAUUAGCUAGGGUAACAAGGUGAGGGAAUUUAGGUGAAGAAAUAGAUGAAAACUAGGAAUUAUGACCAAAAAUAUGGUAAAAAGCACUUGAAUCAACUAUCCAUGAACCUUGACUCUCUGCCAAUUGAGAGAUAUAUUGGGGCUUGAUUUGAUGCCAAAGAUGAUCGGUUGUGGUUACUGAAUUUUAUUGUGAGAUAUUUGAUACACAAAAAAAAUGUUUCCGAUUUGGACAAAGGUGCUGCCUUGUUAGGAUUUUCAUGCAAUGAAUAAAACAUUUAUUUAAUAUGCCCCAUCCUGAUAGGUUCAAGGAAAAUGUUUAUAUUAGGAGAAACAAAAGGGACAAACAAUUAUAAUUGUCUUUGGGUAGGUUUCAUUGUCUCAGACUUUCAUAAAGUCUAUGUAGACAGUUGUUUUUAGCAGUUUUUCAUUGUUUUUGUACAAGAAUAGGAAGAGUGGAGAGUCUGGUUCUCUCGAAUAACCAGAAAUUGUAUGUGUUUGGUUUCUGCCACAUUGGAGGAAACCUGGUUUGUUUUUGGAAUUAAGAUCUGCAGUUUCUAAAACAUCUCAUUAUAGGUCUGAGAACCUAUCAUUGGUAUUCAGAGCCACUUUCUUGGGGCUGUGGUGGUUGUGCGGCAUGGUCAAUACGAGAAUGGAAGCAAGAUUGGAUGGAUUAGAGCGCAUAGUGCAAGAACAUGAACUUGAAAAUCAGAGAAGGUUCCAAAGAUUGGAGGAAAUGCUUACGGGGCUGUCAGGGUUGGUGGAACGUUUCACAUCCUCUGAUAAAACAAACAACAAAUAGUGUUUCUGUUGUUCAGGAAGGUAGUAAUGAAGGAGGGACUGGAAGCGGACGUUCAGGAAUGAUUGGGGAAAAAUGGAGGAAGUUGGAAAUUCCUGUGUUUGCUGGGGACGAGGCUUAUGGGUGGACCAAUAGAUUAGAGAGGUAUUUCCAUUUGAAAGGGGUUACUGAGGAGGAGCGAAUGAAGGGUGUUAUGGUGGCAUUGGAAGGGAAAGCUUUGAAUUGGUUUCAAUGGUGGGAAACCUGCCAUCCGCAUCCAACAUGGGAAACCUUCAAAGAUGCGGUGGUUAUUAGAUUUCAGCCAACAAUGUUGCAGAACCCAUUUGAAGUUUUGCUUGGCUUGCGUCAAACUGGACCUAUAGGGAAAUAUAUUGAGCAGUUUGAACAAUAUGCAGGGUUCAUGAAAGGAAUGCAACAAGAUUACUUGGUGGGCAUAUUCUUGAAUGUGCUGAAGGAAGACAUAAAGGCGGAGGUUAAACUUUAUGAACCCCAAAAUCUUGCUCAAAUGGUGGAGGAAAAGGUUAGAGUCAUCACCAAGGGGGACUCUCUCACUGUGCAACUUCAAAGUAACACCUAUAGACAGUUGCCACCUACUUGUAGUUACUCAAAGGAAGGGGGAAAUUCAGUGUGUUUUACCAACUCCAAUAGAGGAAGUGGAGAGAGCAGUGGCUGUGUGAGCACAAUCAAUAGUUCUCCUGUUGGGACUCAACAACGAGGGACACCAUUUAGAAAAUUGUCCCAAGAAGAAUUGCAAGAUAAGAUAAAAAAGGGUUUAUGCUUCAGGUGUGAUGAAAAGUUUGGGCAAAUCAUACUUGCAACAAUAAACAGCUUCAUAUGUUGCUUAUUUUGGAAGAGGAAAUGCAGGGGUUAGGGAAUCUGCUGCCUGCAUUCAUAAAGAAUUUCCAGAAUUACUCCUUGAGGAUAAGGUGCACCUUCAUGGAGGGGGUGUUGAUAGGUUUGAUACAGUUUACAAAAUAAGGAAAAAAGAAGGUAGUUCGUCCAGUUGAAAACACCUCUCACCCAUUGAAAACUGCUAGGAAGAUGCUACUACCAUCAAUGAGUUUCUUGCUUUUCACCUUGAGGACAAGGUGAAAGUUCAUGGAGGAGGUAUUGAUAGGUUCAAGGAAAAUGUUUAUAUUAGUAGAAACAAAAGGGACACACAAUCAUAACUGUUUUUGGGUAGGUUUUAUUGUCUCAGACUUUUAUAAAGUCUAUGUAGGCAGUUGUUUUUAGCAAUUUUUCAUUGUUUUUGUACAUUCUCAAAAGAAUAGGAAGAGUGGAGAUCUGGUUCUCUCGAAUAACCAGAAAUUGUAUGUGUUUGGUUUCUGCCACAUUGGAAGAAACCCGGUUUGUUGUUGGAAUUAAGAUUUGCAGUUUCUAAAACAUCUCAUUAUAGGUCUGAAAAUCUAUCACAUCCUUUUACAAUAUGAGCAUUGGGGAUUAUGGCUUCUGCCACCAUGUUUUCAUCUAAUUCUUCAACUUCCUCUUUCCUUAGUAGAUACCAUUGUUUAAAAUGUGGUAGUUUUAGACGAACUCCUAUUUUUUAGUGUUGGAACACAAGACGUGCAGUGUUAGGUUCUUUUGAUCAAGAACCUAUAGAACGCACACAGUACACGCACCCAACACACAACUCAGAACUGUAUAACCUCUGUAUAUUGCCAAACAAUGAUGAAUACAAGAUACCCAGAGAGCUUAACCCCUCCCCAAAGAACUCCAAGAGUUCCCGCACAAAACAAUAAUAUUCAAAAACUGACUCUCCCAAAGCACCCCAACCCCUUAUAUACAAACUUCUUCCUAACUACCUCCUAACUACCAGUAGAGGCCUAACAUGCAGUGAAGUUUUCCAUUGAAAGAAUUUCAUGACCUGUCAAAAUUUGGUGACAAAUAUGAUUAAAAUAUCAAUUCAUGGCAUGCAAGUCCUACACCAUGAACAAUUUUUCAGGUUUCUUCAUUUCACCUGCAAAAUUUGCUUCCAGAAACAAUUUCAAUUGUUCAACUGCAGAUUGAGCUUGAGCAACUAAAGUGUCAUGAUCAAAUAGCUGGAAAGAUGCUAACUUUUUAGCUGAAUCAUAUAGGUGUUAAAUAUCAUUGGCAGAGAUAUUUUGAGCCUUCCUCCAAAAGGAGUUAUUUUGUUUUGAAAGUCCUUAUGUUUCCUCAAUUGUUGGGCUUUACAAAUUGACUGUCUGAUGACACUUGGAUAUCUUUCUCUAAAUGAUCACGAUAUUCCUGACCAGAGAACCGUAGUUCUAUAAAAGUUGACCAAGGUAGAUAGUUUUGCCAUAAAGUUUCUCUGAAGUUAUGGUUGGAGUUCUAAAAGUGGAAAAAACAGAACCAAAAUGAAACAUGUUGCUGGAGCAUAGAGAAAAUUAAAGCCAAGGAAGAAGGGGAACACAGACUCACUUUCCAAACAAAAAAGAGAAGGAAUGUGAAACCAUUUUUGCCUCUGGGACCAGCCAAAAUGUGUUGUUUUCGAUGAUGUGGACUGACCUGUGGUUCACCAGAAAUGUUGCCAGGGGCAGAUGGUGGCCAGGGACUGGAAUAGCUAGUGGGAUUGGAACCUGCUCCAAUAUCAACUUAAAUAUGAAGUUUGGAGAGGAAAACUUGAGUUUUCCACUCAUCUUUAACGUAUAUGUGUGUGUAUAACAACUGUAAGAAAAGGUACACUGAUAACACCUCUGCAGACUGUUGCACCUGCUAAAAUGGCUAAGCAGGAAAAGAAAAAGAAAGACUGACCCAUUACAA